UGUCCCGAGGACUCCGCAGGACAGCGAGCGGGUGGCUGCGGGCGGCGCCGAGCAGGCCAGCGAGUGAGGCUGGGCCAUGGGACGGCGGGCGACAGGCGCGCUGGUGCUGGCGCUCCUGUUGCACGGGCGGCUGCUCGCGGUGACUCAUGGGCUGAGGGCAUAUGAUGGCCUGUCACUGCCUGAGGACACGGAGACUGUGGCAGCAGGCCGGGCUGGCUGGAGCUAUUCCUACCUUUCCGACGAUGAGGACUUGCUGGCUGACGAUGCGUCCGGGGAUGGCCUGGGCAGCGGGGACCUGGGCAGCGGGGAUUUCCAGAUGGUGUAUUUCCGGGCACUGGUCAAUUUCACACACUCUAUUGAGUACAGCCCUCGGCUGGAGGACGCAGGCUCCAGGGAGUUCCGAGCUGUGUCAGAGGCUGUGGUGGACAGGCUGGAGUCGGAGUACUUGAAGAUUCCUGGAGACCAGGUCGUCAGUGUGGUGUUUGUCAAGGAGCUGGAUGGCUGGGUCUUCGUAGAGCUGGAUGUGGGCUCAGAAGGGAAUGCAGAUGGGGCUCAGAUUCAGGAGGUGCUGCACAUGGUCGUCUCUGGGGGCUCCAUCGGCCCCUAUAUCACCUCGCCCCAGGGGUUCCAGUUCCGACGCUUGGGCACAGCACAGACCCCCCCACCUCAGCCAGCUGCUGUGGGGGUCACAGUGACCCCAGUACCCCAGUUCCCAAGAGUGUGCACCGAGGCUGAGUUUGCCUGCCACAGCUACAAUGAGUGUGUGGCCCUGGAAUACCGCUGUGACCGGCGGCCUGACUGCAGGGACAUGUCUGAUGAGCUCAACUGUGAGGAGCCGGUCCCUGAGGUCAGCUCCGUGCCAUCGGUAGUUGUGGAGACAUCGCCUUUAACACACAGGCUACCAGAGGCAACCACCACACAGUGGCCAACAUAUACCCACCGUCUCCAGACUCUGCUUCCCCAUCUGGCCACACGUGUGCCCUGUGAGCCCCACGAGGCCGCAUGCCACAGUGGCCACUGCAUUCCCAGAGACUACCUCUGUGACGGUCAGGAAGACUGCAAGGACGGCAGCGAUGAGCUGGGCUGUGGGCCACCCCCACCCUGUGAGCCCAACGAGUUCCCCUGUGGAAAUGGACACUGUGCCCUCAAGUUGUGGCGUUGUGACGGCGACUUCGAUUGUGAAGACCGCACUGAUGAGGCCAACUGCCCCACCAAGCGCCCUGAGGAAGUGUGCGCGCCCACACAGUUCCGGUGCGUCUCCAGCAACACGUGCAUCCCGGCCAGCUUCCACUGCGAUGAGGAGACCGACUGUCCUGACCGCAGCGACGAGUUUGGCUGCAUGCCUCCCCAGGUGGUGACUCCUCCCCAGGAGACCAUCCAGGCCUCCCGGGGCCAGACAGUGACCCUCACCUGUGUGGCCACUGGUGUCCCCACCCCCAUCAUCAACUGGAGACUUAACUGGGGCCACAUUCCUUCUCAUCCCAGGGUGACCAUGACCAGUGAGGGUGGCCGUGGCACGCUGACCAUCCGUGAUGUGAAAGAGUCAGACCAGGGUGCCUACACAUGCGAAGCCAUGAACUCCCGAGGCAUGGUGUUUGGCAUCCCUGACGGAGUCCUGGAGCUUGUUCCGCAGCGAGGCCCCUGCCCUGAUGGGCACUUCUACUUGGAGCACAGCGCCUCAUGCCUGUCCUGCUUCUGCUUUGGUGUCACCAACGUGUGCCAGAGCAGCCACCGCUUCUGGGACCAGAUCCGACUACGUUUUGACCAGCCUGGUGAUUUCAAGGGCGUGAAUGUAACCUCAGCAGCGCAGCCUGGCAUGCAGCCCCUCGCCUCCACCCAGCUGCAGGUGGACACCACCCUGCAGGAGUUCCAGCUGGUCGACCUGUCACGACGCUUUCUCACCCAUGACUCUUUCUGGGCUCUGCCUGAACAGUUUCUGGGCAAUAAGGUGGACUCAUACGGUGGCUCCUUGCGCUACAAGGUGCGUUAUGAGCUAGCACGAGGCCCACUGGAGCCUGUGGAGCGGCCAGAUGUGGUCCUGGUGGGGGCUGGGCACCGACUGCUCUCCAGAGGCCACACAGCCACCCACCCCGGGGCUCUGAACCAGCGCCAGGUCCAGCUCUCGGAGGAACACUGGGUACACGAGUCCGGCCGGCCUGUGCAGAGGGCCGAGAUGCUGCAGGUGCUGCAGAGCCUGGAGGCGGUGCUCAUCCAAACGGUGUAUAAUGCCAAGAUGGCCAGCGUGGGGCUGAGCGACGUCACCAUGGACACCACAGUCACCCACGCCACCAGCCACGGCCGCGCCCACAGCGUGGAGGAGUGCAGAUGUCCCAUUGGCUAUUCCGGCCUGUCCUGUGAGAACUGUGCUGCCCACUUCACCCGGGUGCCCGGCGGGCCCUACCUGGGUACCUGCUCUGGCUGCAACUGUAAUGGCCACUCCAGCUCCUGCGACCCUGUGUAUGGCCACUGCCUGAAUUGCGAGCACAACACAGAAGGACCACAGUGCAACAAGUGCAAAGCUGGCUUCUUCGGGGAUGCCACGAAGCCCACGCCCACUGCCUGCCGGCCCUGCCCGUGCCCCUACAUCGACCCCUCCCGCAGAUUCUCAGACACUUGCUUCUUGGACACGGACGGCCAAGCCACGUGUGACGCAUGUGCUCCUGGUUACUCAGGUCGCCGUUGUGACAGGUGUGCCCCCGGAUAUGAGGGUAACCCUAUCCAGCCCAGUGGGAAGUGCAGACCCACCACCCAGGCGAUCGUGCGCUGCGAUGAACGAGGCAGUGCGGGGUCCGCUGGAGAGGCCUGCCUCUGUAAGAACAAUGUGGUAGGCCGCUUGUGCAAUGAGUGUGCUGAAGGCACCUUCCACCUAAGCACCCGCAACCCCGAUGGCUGCCUCAAGUGCUUCUGCAUGGGUGUCAGUCGCGAGUGCACCAGCUCGUCCUGGAGCCGCGCCCAGGUACUCGGGGCCUCGGAGGAGCUGACACAGUUCAGCCUGACCAACGCUGCGGGCACCCACACCACCAGUGAGGGCAUCUCCUCAUCCUCAUCUGGGGAGCUGGUCUUCUCCUCCUUCCACAACCUCCUAGCCGGACCUUACUUCUGGAACCUCCCUGCACGCUUCCGGGGCGACAAGGUGACCUCCUAUGGUGGGGAGCUGCGCUUCGUGGUGACCCAGAGGCCCCAGCCCAGCUCUGCACCCCUACACGGACAGCCGCUGGUGGUGCUGCAGGGCAACGGCAUCACACUGGAGCACCAUACGUCCCGGGAGCCUGCCCCUGGGCAGCCCAGCACCUUCACUGUGCCCUUCCGGGAGCAAGCCUGGCAACGGCCGGACGGGCAGCCAGCCACGCGGGAGCACAUGCUGAUGGCGCUGGCAGGCAUUGAUGCCCUCCUGAUCCGAGCAUCCCACACCCAGCGGCCUGCGGAGAGCAGGGUCUCCGACAUCAGCAUGGACGUGGCUGUGCCUGAGGUCACCGGCCAGGACCCUGCACUGGAAGUGGAACAGUGCACCUGCCCAGCUGGGUACCGGGGCCCAUCCUGCCAGGACUGUGACACGGGCUAUACACGCAUGCCCAGUGGCCUCUACCUGGGCACCUGUGAACGCUGCAGCUGCCACGGCCACUCAGAGGCCUGUGAGCCCGAGACAGGUGCUUGCCAGGGGUGCCAGCACCAUACGGUGGGCCCUCGGUGCGAGCAGUGCCAGCCAGGAUACUACGGGGAUGCCCAGCGUGGGACACCUCAGGACUGCCAGCCAUGCCCAUGCCAUGGAGCCCCAGCUGCCAACCAGGCUGCCCACACCUGCUUUCUGGACACAGACGGCCACCCCACAUGUGACUCAUGUUCUCCAGGCCACAGCGGGCGUCACUGUGAGAGGUGUGCCCCCGGUUACUAUGGCAACCCCAGCCUGGGCCAGCCUUGCCAGAGAGACAGCCAGGUGCCAGAUGGGACAGGCUGUAGCUGUGACCCCCAAGGCAGCAUCAGCAGCCAGUGUGAUGCCACUGGCCAGUGCCAGUGCAAGGUCCAGGUGGAAGGCCCCACUUGCAGCCGCUGCCGGCCCCACCACUUCUACCUGAGCAUCAGCAACCCUGAGGGCUGCCUACCCUGCUUCUGUAUGGGUGUCACACAGCAGUGCGCCAGCUCCUCCUAUACUCGGCACCUGAUCUUCACCCGCUUCGCCCCUGGGGACUUCCAAGGCUUUGCCCUGGUGAACCCACAGCGCAAUAGCCGCCUGGCAGGAGACUUCACCGUGGAGCCUGUGCCCGAUGGCACCCAGCUGUCUUUUGGCAACUUUGCCCAACUUGGCCACGAGUCCUUCUACUGGCAGCUGCCAGAGCCAUACCAGGGAGACAAGGUGGAGGCAUACUUGGCGCGGAUGCGCCGGGCCCACCAGAACCGCACAACACUCUCAGAGGAGCAGUGGCGGGCAGCUGUGAGUGCUGGGAGGAUCCUGGGGCGCCCAGAGGGCAGGGGACGUGCACAGCGGGCAUCACAGGUGGAUGAGGCUCAGAGGCGGAUGGAUGCUGAGAUCUGGCAGCUCCUCUCCAGCUUUGCUGCCCACCCCCAACCCAAUAGUCGGGUUGUCCCUCCCCGCCCCCAGCCUGCAGCUGCUCUUCAAGCAGCUCCUCCCUCCUCCUCCUCCUCCUCCUCCUCCUCCUCUUCCUCCUCUGCUCUUCUGUCUUCCCCAGCAGGCUCUCAGUUCUCUCUGUCCUAUGAAGGCUUCUCUCUGCUUCCUGGAAGCCUCUAUUAUUGGCAGCUGCCGCGAGCCUUCCUGGGGGACAAGGUGGCGGCAUAUGGUGGGAAGCUGCGGUACACCCUCUCCUACACAGCAGGGCCCCAAGGCAGCCCGCUGUCUGACCCUGAUGUCCAGAUCAUGGGCAACAACAUCAUGCUGGUGGCCUCCCAGCCGGCACCACAGGGCCCCGAGAGGAAGAGUUAUGAGAUCGUCUUCCGAGAGGAGUUCUGGCGCCGGCCAGAUGGGCAGCCGGCCACCCGCGAGCACCUGCUGAUGGCACUGGCUGACCUGGAUGAGCUCCUGAUCCGGGCCACAUUCUCCUCAGUGCCGCUGGCAGCCAGUAUCAGUGCCGUGAGCCUGGAGGUGGCACAGCCAGGGCCCUCAGAUGGACCCCGGGCCCUGGAGGUGGAGGAGUGUCGCUGUCCUCCUGGCUACAUGGGCUUGUCCUGCCAGGACUGUGCCUCAGGCUACACACGCACCGGGAGCGGGCUCUACCUCGGCCACUGUGAACUGUGUGAGUGUAACGGCCACUCCGACCUGUGCCACCCAGAGACGGGGUCCUGCUCACAAUGCCAGCACAACACUGUCGGGGAGUUCUGUGAGCUUUGUGCUCCUGGCUACUAUGGAGAUGCCACGGCCGGGACACCUGAGGACUGCCAGCCCUGCGCCUGCCCACUGACCAACCCAGAGAACAUGUUCUCCCGCACCUGUGAGAGCCUGGGUGCCGGCGGGUAUCGCUGCACAGCCUGUGAGCCUGGCUACGCCGGCCAGUACUGUGAACAGUGUGCCCCUGGUUACGUGGGUAACCCCAAUGUGCAAGGGGGCCAGUGCCUGCCACAGACAGACCAACCUCCACUGGUGGUCCAGGUCCAUCCAGCUCGGAGCAUAGUGCCCCAAGGGGGGCCCCACUCCCUGCGAUGCCAGGUCAGUGGAAACCCACCUCACUACUUCUACUGGUCCCGUGAGGAUGGGCAGCCUGUGCCCAGCAGCACUCAGCAGAGACAUCAAGGUGCUGAGCUCCACUUCCCCAGCGUGCACCCCUCUGAUGCUGGGGUCUACAUCUGCACCUGCCGGAACCUCCACCAUGUCAAUGCCAGCCGAGCAGAGCUGCUGGUCACUGAGGCACCAAGCAAGCCCAUCACGGUGACAGUGGAGGAACAGCGCAGCCAGAGUGUGCGCCCUGGGACCGACGUCACUUUCAUCUGCACGGCCAAGAGCAAGUCUCCCGCCUACACCCUGGUAUGGACCCGCCUGCACAAUGGGAAGCUGCCCUCCCGAGCCAUGGACUUCAACGGCAUCCUGACCAUCCGCAAUGUGCAGCCGAGUGACGCAGGCACCUACGUGUGCACUGGCUCCAACAUGUUCGCCAUGGACCAGGGCACAGCCACACUGCACGUGCAAGCCACAGGCACCUUGUCUGUUCCCGUGGUCUCCAUCCACCCACCACAGCUCACCGUGCAGCCUGGGCAGGUAGUGGAGUUCCGGUGCAAUGCCAGGGGAAACCCCACGCCCACCGUUGAGUGGAUAGGGGGCCCUGGGGGCCAGCUCCCUCUGAAGGCACAGAUCCAUGGAGGCAUCCUCCGCCUGCCAGCCGCUGAGUCCUCAGAUCAGGGCCAGUACCUGUGCCGCGCCCUCAACAGCGUUGGGCAGCAAGUGGGCAGGGCUGUCCUCCAGGUACAUGGAGGCAAUGGGCCCAGGGUGCAAGUGAGUCCAGAGCGCACCCAGGUGCAUGAAGGCCACACCGUCAGACUGUACUGCAGGGCCACGGGGGUACCCACUGCCACCAUCACCUGGAGGAAGGAGGGGGGCAGCUUGCCCCCUCAGGCCCGGUCUGAGCACACAGACAUCUCCACACUGAUCAUCCCAGCCACCACACCUGCUGACUCCGGCUUCUACCUCUGCGUGGCCACCAGCCCCCUGGGCACAGCACAGGCCCGCAUCCAAGUGACCGUGCUGUCAGCCUCAGGCGCCAGCUCACCGCCAGUCAAGAUUGAAUCUUCAUCACCAUCCGUAACCGAAGGGCAGACACUGGACCUCAGCUGUGUGGUGGAGGGGUUGGCCCACACCCAGAUCACGUGGUACAAGCGAGGGGGCAGCCUGCCUCCCCAUGCCCAGGUCCACGGUUCCCGGCUGCGGCUCCCACAGGUCUCGCCAGCCGACUCCGGAGAGUAUGUAUGCCGCGUGGAGAGUGAGGUGGGGCCCAAGGAGGCAUCCAUCGUGGUCUCCGUGCUGCACAGCACCCAGCCAGGCCUCAGCCAUGGCCCAGGACCUGGCAGCACCCAGCCCAUCCGCAUCGAGUCCUCUUCCUCCCAAGUGGCUGAGGGGCAGACCCUGGAUCUGAACUGCGUGGUGCCCGGGCAGGCCCAGGUCACCUGGCACAAGCGCGGGGGCAGCCUCCCUGCCCGGCAUCAGACCCACGGCUCACUUUUGCGGCUGCACCGAGUGUCCCCUGCCGACUCAGGCGAGUACGUGUGCCAUGUGGUCCUGGGCUCUGAGCACCUGGAGACUUCUGUCCUGGUUUCCAUCGAGCCCUCUGACUCCAUCCCUGCCCCAGCACCCAUCCCACCUGUCAGGAUCGAGUCCUCAUCAUCCACGGUGGUCGAGGGGCAGACCCUGGACCUCAGCUGUAUGGUGGCAGGGCAGGCCCAUGCCCAGGUUACAUGGUACAAGCGUGGGGGCAGCCUGCCAGCUCGGCACCAGGUCCGCGGGUCCCGCCUGUACAUCUUCCAAGUCUCCCCAGUGGAUGCUGGAGAAUACGUCUGCCGGGCCAGUGAUGGUGUGGAGGCCUCUAUCACAGUCACAGUGACCAGGGCCCAGGGGGCCAGCUUUGCCUACCCUCCGGGCAGCACCCAACCCAUCCGCAUCGAGUCCUCCUCCUCCCACGUGGCUGAAGGGCAGACCCUGGACUUGAACUGUGUGGUGCCUGGGCAGGCGCAUGUUCAAGUCAUGUGGCACAAACGUGGGGGCAGCCUGCCCGCCAGGCACCAGACCCAUGGCUCACUGCUGAGGCUGCACCAGGUGUCCCCUGCCGACUCGGGCGAGUACGUGUGCCAGGUGGUCGGUGCCCCCGUGCCACUGGAGACCUCCGUCUUGGUUUCCAUUGAGCCUGUGGGUUCCGUGCCUGCACUCGGGGUCACCCCCCCAGUCCGGAUCGAGUCAUCCUCCUCCCACUUGGCAGAAGGGCAGACCCUGGACCUGAACUGCAUGGUGCAAGGACAGGCGCACGCCCAGGUCACCUGGCACAAGCGCGGAGGUAGUCUGCCGGCCCGACACCAAGUGUAUGGCUCCAGACUGCGGCUGCCCCAAGUGACCCCCGCUGACUCUGGGGAGUACGUGUGCCGUGUGGCCAGUGGCUCAGGAACCCAAGAGGCAUCCGUCCUUGUCAACAUCCAGCAGCGCCUCAGCCCCUCCCAAUCCCAGAGUGUGGUGUACCCCAUCCGCAUUGAGUCUUCCUCAGCCUCUCUGGCCAAUGGGCACACGCUGGACCUCAACUGCCUGGUAGCCAGCCACGCCCCCCACACCAUCACCUGGUACAAGCGUGGAGGCAGCUUGCCCAGUCGGCACCAGAUCGUGGGCUCCCGGCUGCGGAUCCCCCAGGUGACCCCGGCCGACUCCGGCGAGUAUGUGUGUCAUGUCAGCAAUGGUGCUGGUUCGCAGGAAACCUCACUCAUCAUCACCAUCCAGGGCAGCGGCUCCUCCCACGUGCCCAGUGUCUCCCCGCCAAUCAAGAUUGAGUCCUCAUCCCCCACAGUGGUAGAAGGGCAGACACUGGAUCUGAACUGUGUGCUUGCUGGCCAGACGCAGGCUACCAUCAUGUGGUACAAGCGUGGGGGCAGCCUGCCCGCCAGACACCAGGCCCAUGGCUCCCGCCUGCGGCUGCACCAGCUGUCUGUGGCUGACUCUGGCGAGUACGUGUGUCGGGCCAACAACAACAUCGAUGCCCAGGAGGCCUCCAUCAUGGUCUCCGUCUCUCCCAGCACUAGUCUUCCCUCUGCUCCCGUUGGUGCCGGGCCUAUCAGAAUUGAAUCAUCAUCUUCACACGUGGCCGAAGGGCAGACCCUUGAUCUGAACUGCGUGGUGCCCGGGCAGGCUCAUGCCCAGGUCACAUGGCACAAGCGCGGGGGCAGCCUGCCUGCACAGCAUCAGGCCCAUGGCUCCCGGCUACGGCUCUACCAGGUGUCCCCAGCUGACUCUGGCGAGUAUGUGUGCCGCGUGCUGGGCAGUUCUGGCUACCAGGAGGCCUCAGUCCUGGUCACCAUCGAGGCCUCUGGCUCCAACACUGUCCAUGUCCCUGGUGCAGGUGGAGCCCCACCCAUCCGCAUCGAGACAUCCUCCUCUCGAGUGGCCGAAGGGCAGAGCCUGGAUCUGAACUGCGUGGUGCCCGGUCAGGCACAUGCCCAGGUCACAUGGCACAAGCGUGGGGGUAGCCUGCCUGCCCAGCACCAGGUCCAUGGCCCCCUGCUGAGGCUGAACCAUGUGUCCCCAGCGGACUCUGGCGAGUACUCAUGCCAAGUGACGGGCAGCUCAGGCACCCUGGAGGCUUCCGUCCUGGUCAUGAUUGAGGCCACCAACCCAGGCCCCAUUCCUGCCCCAGGACUGGCCCAGCCCAUCUACAUUGAGGCCUCCUCCUCCCACGUGGCCGAAGGGCAGACCCUGGACCUGAACUGUGUGGUACCCGGGCAGGCGCACGCCCAGGUCACAUGGCACAAGCGCGGGGGCAGCCUGCCGGCCCGGCACCAGACCCAUGGCUCCCAGCUGCGGCUCCACCAUGUGUCCCCUGCCGACUCUGGAGAGUACCUGUGCCGCGUGGCUGGUGGUUUGGGCUCAGAGCACGAGGCCUCCUUCAUGGUCACAGUCACUCCUGGCUCUGGCUCUUCCUACCGCCUUCGCAGCCCUGUCAUCUCCAUCGACCCACCCAGCAGCACAGUGCGGCAGGGCCAGGACGCCAGCUUCAAGUGCCUCAUCCACGAGGGGGCGCUGCCUGUCAGCCUGGAGUGGAAGACCCGCAAUCAGGAACUGGAGGACAACGUCCACAUCAGCCCCAAUGGCUCCAUCAUCACCAUCGUGGGCACCCGGCCAAGCAACCAUGGGGCCUACCGCUGCGUGGCCUCCAACGCCUACGGUGUGGCCCAGAGUGUUGUGACCCUCAACGUGCACGGGCCUCCUAUGGUGUCCGUACUCCCUGAGGGACCUGUGCAGGUGAAAGCAGGGAAGGACAUUGCCCUGGAGUGUGUCAGUCCUGGGGAGCCCCGCUCCUCUGUGCGCUGGACCCGGAUGGGCACCCCUGCCAGGUUGGAGCCACGGACAUUUGGGCAUGUGAACAGCCACGCAGUGCUGAAGAUUUCAUCAGCUAAACCAUCUGACUCAGGCACCUAUGUGUGCCUAGCCCAGAAUGCCCUGGGCACAGCACAGAAGAGGGUGGAAGUGACUGUGGACACUGGCACGGUGGCUCCAGGUGCCCCCCAGGUCCAAGUGGAAGAAGCCGAGCUGACCGUGGAGGCUGGACGCACCGCUACGCUGCGCUGCUCAGCCACAGGCGAUCCCCCACCCACCAUCCACUGGUCCAAGCUUCGUUCCCCACUGCCCUGGCAGCACCGGCAGGAAGGUGACACACUCAUCAUCCCCAGAGUAGCCCAACAGGACUCGGGCCAGUACAUCUGUAAUGCCACCAGCCCCACUGGGCACGCUGAGGCCACCAUCAUCCUGCAUGUGGAGAGCCCACCGUAUGCCACGAUAGUUCCUGAGCACACGUCAGUGCGAGCCGGGGAACAGGUUCAGCUACAGUGCUUGGCUCACGGUACACACCCGCUCACCUUCCAAUGGAGCCGGGUGGGUGGCAGCCUUCCUCCGAGAGCAACCACCAGGAACCAGCUACUGCACCUGGAGCCCUCUGGCCCUGAGGACUCCGGCCGCUACCGCUGCCAGGUCACCAACAAGGUGGGCUCAGCUGAGGCCUUUGCCCAGGUGCUUGUCCAAGGCCCCUCUGGCUCUUCCCCUGAUACCCAUGGCCCAGCAGAACCCACGGCCACCGUGCAGGUCACUCCACAGCUGGAGACGAAGAGCAUCGGGGCCAGCGCCGAGUUCCACUGUGCUGUUCCCAGUGACCGAGGCACUCAGCUCCGUUGGUUCAAGGAAGGGGGUCAGCUGCCUCCUGGCCACAGCGUGCAAGAUGGGGUACUUCGACUCCAGAAUUUAGACCAGAGCUGCCAAGGGACAUAUGUUUGCCAGGCGCAUGGACCUUGGGGACAGGCCCAGGCCAGCGCCAGGCUGAUUGUCCAAGCCCUGCCCUCUGUGCUCAUCAACAUCCGCACCUCCGUGCAGACCGUGGUGGUCGGCCAUUCUGUUGAGUUCGAGUGCCUGGCGCUGGGUGACCCCAAGCCUCAGGUGACGUGGAGCAAAGUUGGAGGGCGCCUGCGGCCUGGCGUCGUGCAGAGCGGAAGUGUCAUCAGGAUUGCCCACGUGGAGCUGGCCGAUGCAGGACAGUACCGCUGCACAGCCACCAAUGCUGCGGGCACCACCCAGUCCCAUGUGCUGCUGCUCGUGCAAGCCUUGCCCCAGAUCUCCGCCCCCGCAGAGGUCCGAGUGCCCGCUGGUUCUGCAGCCGUCUUCCCCUGCAUGGUCUCAGGCUACCCAACUCCUGACAUCGCCUGGAGCAAGCUGGAUGGCAACCUGCCCCCUGAAAGCCGCCUGGAGAACAACAUGCUGAUGCUACCCUUGGUCCAGCCACAGGAUGCAGGCACCUACGUCUGCACGGCUACCAACCGGCAGGGCAAGGUCAAGGCCUUUGUGCAUCUGCAGGUGCCAGAGAGAGUGGUGCCCUACUUCACCCAGACCCCACAUUCCUUCCUGCCGCUGCCCACCAUCAAGGAUGCCUACAGGAAGUUUGAGAUCAAGAUCACCUUCCGGCCAGACUCAGCUGAUGGCCUUCUUCUCUACUCAGGGAUGCUGCUGUACAAUGGACAGAAGCGGGGCCCAGGGAGCCCCCCCAACCAAGCCAGCAGGCAGCCUGACUUCAUCUCCUUUGGCCUCGUGGGUGGCAGGCCCGAGUUCCGGUUUGAUGCAGGCUCUGGCAUGGCCACCAUCCGCCACCCCACACCGCUGGCCCUGGGCCAGUUCCACACGGUCACCCUGCUGCGCAGCCUCACCCAGGGCUCCCUCAUUGUGGGCAACCUGGCCCCAGUGAAUGGGACAUCCCAGGGCAAGUUCCAGGGCUUGGACCUGAAUGAAGAGCUGUACCUAGGUGGCUACCCCGACUAUGGCGCCAUCCCCAAGGCAGGGCUGAGCAGUGGCUUUGUGGGCUGUGUGCGGGAGCUACGUAUCCAGGGUGAGGAGAUCGUCUUCCACGACCUCAACCUCACGGCGCAUGGCAUCUCCCACUGCCCCACGUGCCGAGACCGCCCAUGCCAGAAUGGGGGCCAAUGCCAGGACUCGGAGAGCAGCAGCUAUGUGUGCAUCUGCCCAUCCGGCUUCACUGGGAGCCGCUGUGAGCACUCGCAGGCCCUGCACUGCCACCCAGAGGCUUGUGGACCUGAUGCCACCUGUGUGAACCGACCUGACGGUCGAGGCUACACCUGCCGCUGUCACCUGGGUCGCUCAGGGGUGAGGUGUGAGGAAGGUGUGACAGUGACCACCCCAUCCAUGUCGGGCACCGGCUCUUACCUAGCACUCCCUGCCCUCACCAACACACACCACGAGCUACGGCUGGACGUGGAGUUCAAGCCCCUGGAGCCCGAUGGCAUCCUACUAUUCAGUGGAGGGAGGAUUGGGCCUGUGGAGGACUUCGUGUCCCUGGCAAUGGCUGGCGGCCACCUGGAGUUCCGCUAUGAGCUGGGGUCAGGGCUGGCUGUCCUGCGGAGCCCUGAGCCUCUGGCCCUGGGCCGCUGGCACCGAGUGUCUGCAGAGCGUCUGAACAAGGACGGCAGCCUACGGCUGAAUGGGGGGCGCCCUGUGCUGCGCUCCUCUCCAGGCAAGAGCCAGGGCCUCAACCUGCACACUCUCCUCUACCUGGGUGGUGUGGAGCCCUCUGUGCCACUGUCUCCAGCCACCAACGUGAGCGCUCACUUCCGUGGCUGUGUGGGCAAGGUGUCUGUGAAUGGCAAGCGCCUGGACCUCACCUACAGCUUCCUGGGCAGCCAGGGCAUCGGGCAGUGCUACGACAGCUCGCCCUGUGAGCGACAGCCGUGCCGCAAUGGCGCCACGUGCAUGCCCGCUGGCGAGUACGAGUUCCAGUGCCUGUGUCAAGAUGGCUUCAAAGGAGACCUCUGUGAGCAUGAGGAGAACCCCUGCCAGCUCCGUGAGCCCUGCCUGCAUGGGGGCACCUGCCAGGGCACCCACUGCCUCUGUCCCCCUGGCUUCUCUGGCUCACGCUGCCAACAAGGCUCUGAACAUGGCACAGCGGAGUCCAGUUGGCACCUUGAGGGCAGUGGGGGCAAUGAUGCCCCUGGGCAGUACGGAGCCUAUUUCCAUGAUGGUGGCUUCCUGGCCUUCCCUAGCCACAUCUUCUCCAGGAGCCUGCCUGAAGUGCCCGAGACCAUGGAGCUGGAGGUUCGGACUGGCACAGCCAAUGGUCUGCUGCUAUGGCAGGGCGCGGAGGUGGGGGAGGCCAGCCGAGGAAAGGACUUCAUCAGCCUUGGGCUGCAGGAUGGUCACCCUGUCUUCAGCUACCAGCUAGGCAGUGGGGAGGCCCGCCUUGUUUCUGAGGACCCUGUCAAUGACGGCGAGUGGCACCGGGUGACAGUGCUACGAGAGGGCCGGAGAGGUUCUAUCCGGGUUGACAGCGAGGAGCUGGUGAGGGGCCAGUCCCCAGGCCCCAACAUCGCGGUCAACACCAAGGGCAGUGUAUACAUUGGUGGAGCCCCGGAUGUGGCCACACUGACAGGAGGCAGGUUCUCCUCUGGCAUCACUGGCUGUAUUAGGAACCUGGUGCUGCACUCAGCUGGGCCUGGUGCCCCACCACCCCAGCCCCUGGACCUGCAGCACUAUGCCCAGGCUGGGGCCAACACACGUCCCUGCCCCUCAUAGGCACCUGCCUGCUCCCUAUGGACUCCGGGCUGUGCCCAGCCUGACCGUGUCGAGUAUAUUAUUAUUAAUAUUAUUAUUAUUAUUAUUAUUAUGAGUUUUUUGUAAGAAACUGAGGCAAUGCCACGCUUUGCUGCUACUGCCCUGGGCUGGACUGGAGGGUGGGCAUGCCAGCUUCCCAUGUGUGUGGCAAAGCCCUGAGGCUGGUGAACAGGGCAGGUGGGAGGGUCUGAUGCCUUGGAAAGCCACCAAGACUUGAGGUCAGGACAGUGGCUGGGUAGGCCCAGGUAUAUCCCAGGUCCUCCUGCCCUGAUGAAGUCCCCAAAGUAGAACACGGCUGCCCCCCUGUGGAAGCCCUUGGGCAGCCCUCCUUCCUGAGGACCAGCUGAGCUCACCACCUGGUGCCCACCAGCUAACUGAAUAGGGGGCAUCACAGGGCCUUGCCUCCUACCCAUGGGCUGGAAAAGUCUUUAGCGUCCCUUGAGGAGCAGAAGGCAGCUCACCCUUCACCCGCCAGCCCCCUCCCAGCCCCCUCCAGCCCCCAACCUCCGCCCAGCACAGGUCACCACUCCUGGCAGAACCCCCAUUCCCACCACCUACUGCCCAGGGUCCCGGCCCCCGCUUCUCCCUGAAGCACCCACACCGAGGGCUCAGUCCACACCUGGCCACAUCCCUCAUUCUUCUGGAGGUGAAGGCCCAGGGACAUGGGGGAGCCUGUGGUCAGGAAGAGCCAGUGCCUUCGGGUGGGGAAGCCUGAGAGCCCUGACUGGGAAGAAGUGGGGAGGUGAUGACAGCCCGAGGGCCUAGUGGUCCGCCGUCCCCAUAAUCUGGCACUGGGAUGCCAGGCCUCGGGCCCCAGAAGGGACCUUCCUGUGGUCUUUGUCUUGAUUCUUCCUAAUAAACGGUGCUAUCCCCGC